ACUGGUAAUGUAAACAUUAACGAACACUGACAACAAGAAGUACACAAAUUCUGACUGAAUUCGCGAAUUAUUUGUUUUAUUAUAAAAUUAAAGAAUUAUGUCGGCUGAUGUGCGUGAUAUUUUGGACAUUGAGCGUGCCAAUACGCCAGAAAUAACAAGGGACUCCUUUCUCGCGACAAAAAAACGUAAUUUCGAGCGCACCAAACAUGCCUCGCGGCGUCCCGAGGGCAUGCAUCGUGAGGUGUUCGCGCUGUUGUACACGGACAAGAAGGAUGCACCACCUCUAUUGCCAACGGACACGGCAUUGGGUAUUGGAGCCGGCUACAAACAGAACAAGGCGCGUUUGGGCAUGAAAAAGGUCCGCAAAUGGGAAUGGGCGCCGUUUUCGAAUCCGGCACGCAACGAUGCAGCCGUGUUUCAUCAUUGGAAGCGAGUCAGUGAUGAUUCCACGGACUAUCCGUUUGCGAAGUUCAACAAACAAUUAGAGAUACCAAGCUACACAAUGACCGAGUACAAUGCCCACCUGCGCAACAAUAUUCAGCACUGGAGCAAGGUGCAAACAGAUCAUCUCUUUGAUCUGGCCAGACGCUUUGACUUGCGCUUCAUUGUUAUGGCGGAUCGUUGGAAUCGCCAACAGCAUGGUACCAAAACAGUGGAAGAGCUCAAGGAGCGCUAUUACGAGGUAAUUGCUUUGCUUGCCAAGGCAAAGAAUCAGUCAAUCGAGAAGAAAACAUUCGUAUAUGAUGCAGAGCAUGAGCGCCGUCGAAAGGAGCAGCUGGAGAAGCUAUUCAAACGCACCACGCAGCAGGUGGAGGAGGAGCAAAUGCUAAUAAACGAAAUGAAGAAGAUCGAAGCACGCAAGAAGGAACGUGAGCGCAAGACGCAAGAUCUGCAAAAGCUAAUCUCACAGGCGGAUCAACAAAACGAGCAUGCGGCUAAUACGCCAAGCACACGCAAAUACGAAAAGAAAUUGCACAAGAAAAAGGUGCAUCACACGCCGCGGCCCUCGAAGGUGGACUCUGUGGUAAAUGCCAUUGAAAUUGGCAGCAGUGGCAUCAAGUUUGCCGAUCUGCGCGGCUCUGGGGUCUCGUUGCGUUCGCAAAAAAUGAAGCUGCCAGCGAAUAUAGGACAACGCAAGGUGAAAGCGCUCGAGCAGGCCAUACAAGAGUUCAAAGUUGAUCCCGCUCCGCCACCUACAGAGGACAUAUGCACAUCCUUCAAUGAGCUACGUUCCGAUAUGGUAUUGCUGUGUGAGCUGCGCACCGCAUUGUCCACGUGCAUCUACGAAAUGGAGAGUCUGAAGCAUCAGUAUGAGGCCGCUUGUCCGGGCAAGACACUCAAUAUACCGCCCUCGUUGGUGCCCAUCAAAACCGAGACGCUGGAGAAUAGUGCCACUUAAUGCUGAACUUUUUUCUAUGGAAAAACGGCAAACAA